AUGUUGUUUACACUUCUUCUCAUAUCCAUUGCUUCUUCAGAAAAGUGUCUUUCACUUUCUGGAAAUGAAUUUGUCCAAAAAGAAGUGACUGAUGGGAACACUGCAGGGAUGAUUUGUUUAGUGGAUGGAGAAUAUACAAUAGCAUUUACUGAUGAUAUGGCAAUUAAUGCAACUUUCAAAGAUUUCAGUCUUAACAACUUUGAUGUGAGUCCUCUUAGAAUCAUCUAUGAUGAAACAAAUAACGAGAGAUACAUCAACUUAGUCCCGUCCACUCCAGACGUUGAUAUAACGGCCGAGUACCACAUUCAUGGGUCUAAAACUAUUGGAACCAAAUUAAAUACCAGAAACAGAUCGUUUAACGUCUUAUCUAAACCAAUAAAAAUUGAACUUUACACAACUGAAACAACACAAUCUUAUGCUUAUCCAUUCAUUGAAUUGGGUCAGACCACCGCAGAACCACAAGAAUUUGAAGUGACUUAUUUCUCAGACACCCCUAUUACCAAUUUCAACACUUAUGGUUUUUUCAAAGUUGCUUAUGGUAACACAGUCUUUGCUUUAAAAGACAUUAAAGUGAAAGAAAAUGGUAUCGAUAAAAUUAUUGAGAGUACUAUGCAAACUUCUUUAAUGGUCAAUGAAAAUAAAUUGGCACUUGACUUGGUUAAGACUUGUAAGUACGACGCUGAAAAUGUUAAUAACGUGAUUGUUAUCAAAUCAAAAGAAGAUGUACCCGUUGACUCCUCAUCUUCUUCUGAAAGUUCAACAAGCCAAUCUUCCCAAUCGUCGGAAUCUUCAACUUCCUCUUCAGAUAGUUCAUCCACUCAAUCUUCACAAGCGUCGUCUGAAGCUUCUUCACAGACAUCUUCACAAACUUCUUCUUCUGAAAAAUCAUCAGAACACUCUGAAACUUCGAGUAAACCAGAUUCAACUAAUAACAAUGACAGUGAUGGCGCUAUAUUGGAGAUGAUAACCAUCAUGUUCUUUGCGUUAUUCUUGUUCUAA